CAUAUGAGAAAAUUUUGUUUGUUGUUAUAAAUAAUGUGUUUUCACUCAUGUAAAUCAGUCUCUCUGAGGAUGGCUAUUCAGCUGAAACGUUAGAGAUUAAAAGAAUCCUACCUCCUCCCUGGGUUUUAUCCCCCUUCCUAAACCCAACUACUCUGGGAUAUAUUUCAUCUGGUCUUGGUGUCUUGAACUUUCUUAGCCUAUCUAUCACCUGUUCCACUAUCUCCUUAUGGUAAUAUCUUUCAGCUUCUCAUUCACUUCUGCUCUAAAAAUUUCACUAUCCAGCAUUUCCUGCAUGUUUUCCUGGGUGAAGACAGUUAAAAAAUACUUCUUCAGAAUUUUACUAAUCUACUCCCCAGAACUAACCAGCAACCUCAAUCCUCACCAAACUUGUAGAACAAUCAAGCACUUUCAUUCAUUGAUGAUACAAAAUUCAUUUCUUGGAUUGGAAUUUAGACUAUCAGUUGUCAACUGGUUUUAAAGUGAACCCUAACUUUCAUUAUGAAAUCAGAAGCAUCUGAGAUCACUGUAGCACAAUGGUGAUAAGGCAGCAUAGUGAUAACUGUGAUGACAAAAUGAUUAUGCUUAUGAAGUGGUUAGUCUAGAAAUAGUUCUGAUAUAAAUUAUAAAACUUGUGGCAUGCAGUGAAGCAGAAUUUAUAGAGAAAGGGUGUCAGUUCUUUCCUUCCAAGCACAAAGUUUGUCUCUCAUCAGUGGUAUUACACAUUACCAACAAAUAGAAACAAAAGUGUUCAAAAUUGUUAUUUCUGACUCAAAUCACUCCAAUAUGCCAUUCAAAAAUGGUGAAAAAAAAUUGAAAGAAUGUACAGAUUUAUAAAUGCUUAUCAAAGCUUUAAUUAUGCUUCAUUCUGUCUCUCAAAUCUCUAAUAUUAGAGUUACUAGUUUUAAAAGAUUGGACUCCCAACUUUUUUUUACAAGGCCCAUGGAUCUCAUUUGGAGGAAAGUAGAGACAAGGAUUUAAUAUAGUAUACAUUCACAUUUGGAAUCAUUCCAUCACAUCUCAACCUCCAGGCUAGAUAUACAGAAGAUGGUAUAACUAUUAAUCAUAUGACCUUAAUCAUGUAAGAUUAAAAUGGAAAUUAAAAAAGCUCUUCCCUGGCAGGCAGUGAGGUUAAAAAAGCUUUUCUCUGGCAGGUGGUGAGCUACAGCUACCUGGCUGCACCUCAAGGCCAAAGCCACUCCAAAGAUGUGGUCUAUGGGUCUGGUGCAGCAGCCAAGCCUCCUUCCUCUGGCCACAGCUUCUCUGCCAGAUCUCCAACUCUUAGCCAGACACUUUGACUGGAAAUUCAGAAAUCUGGUCAUACAGCAGCUCCUGGCCAUGCCUCAGACCAUACUCACCUCAGCACUACACCACCUGUUAUUACUGCCUUUGAGUCCUCAAAAUUAUCUCACAUUUCCCCUUCCCCAUUAGUCCAUUCCUCAUCAUUCUCUGCACCAUCACCUUUUUUCUCCUCAUCCUUCUCACCUUCUGCUCACUCAUCAUCUCCCCCACAACCAUCACUCCCUCCUGCCUCUCCAUUUACUCAUCCUGAAGCCAUAUUUGCCAUGCACCAAACUUCUGCCACAGUUCACCCUGCUGAUCCCAGCCAAUUUAUCAUCAAGGACUCCACUUUCCAGGUGGUGAGCUACAGCUACCUGGCUGCACCUCAAGGCCAAAGCCACUCCAAAGAUGUGGUCUAUGGGUCUGGUGCAGCAGCCAAGCCUCCUUCCUCUGGCCACAGCUUCUCUGCCAGAUCUCCAACUCUUGGCCAGACACUUUCACUGGAAAUUCAGAAAUCUGGUCAUACAGCAGCUCCUGGCCAUACAGCAGGCUCCUCAGACCAUAUUCACCUCAGCACUACACCACCUGUUAUUACUGCCUUUGAGUCCUCAAAAUUAUCUCACAUUUCCCCUUCCCCAUUAGUCCAUUCCUCAUCAUUCUCUGCACCAUCACCUUUUUUCUCCUCAUCCUUCUCACCUUCUGCUCACUCAUCAUCUCCCCCACAACCAUCACUCCCUCCUGCCUCUCUAUUUACUCAUCCUGAAGCCAUAUUUGCCAUGCACCAAACUUCUGCCACAGUUCAUCCUGCUGAUCCCAGCCAAUUUAUCAUCAAGGACUCCACUUUCCAGGAGGCUCUGGAAUGUAACUCCCACAGAUGGCAGGGAAACACUGCAUAUCUUCCCUCCCACAACAGCAAUGCACUUAAUGAAUUGGGCCGAGAUAAUUAGUGAAAGCUUUCUGUGUUAAAGAGAUGCAGCUAGUGAGCCAAUAUAUAUACUGAUCGUUCAUUUAAUCCUUUAUGUCAUAAAACUUCUCUGAAAAAAUCUAGUGAAUAAUUUUUCCUCUAUCACUGCACUGUCCUUGAUCUAAAUUACAUAUUAAAACUACACAUGAUAGUGUAAUGAUCAGUAUGCUUGGCUCACAAACUACAUAUA